UUAAAAUAACACAAUAACAAAUACGAUUUGUCCUGUUUUUGUACUGCCUACUGUUUUGUAAAAGUCACAAGCUUGCUGCUAAGUUUAACUCCUCUCCAGAACAGAGUGUAAAAGCAUGUUUAUUUAUCUGUCCAGGAGGCACGCUUGAUCCUGAGUGGGUGGGCGUAACCAGCGCGUAAUGAUUGCUGGACAGACCACAGAUAUAUGCGCAUGUGGAGCUGUUAUUGGGUCACAAGUCCACACACACAUCUGCUCAUCCAGAGGGUUUCUCCUGGAGUGACACUCGCUGUCAUUGGAGAUUACAGAACUGAAAUGAUGAGCAUAAUGAACGCGGAGCAGAUGGAGAACGGACUGGACUCCGAUGAUGAUCUUCAGCCCGAGGAGAUACCCGAGUACCUGAAAGACAGGCGAAGAGCCAAGUCAUUACCCGCGUAUCCAGAGCAGGCGAGCCUGUACCACCAGAUCUCCCAAAACUGCAGGAAGCGCGUGAAGUUUGCGGACGCGCUCGGCUUGAACCUGGCGAGCGUCAAGCACUUCAGCACCAGCGAGGACCCUCAGAUUCCAGCCAAAGUCUUUAAUAGACUCAAGAGCUUCCCUCUGCAAAAGGAGCGCGAGUUUAUUGAUGACUUGUGCGUCAAUAUCAGGUCCUCUCUGGCGCUGGACUAUCUAGUCCCGACGUUCAAGACGCCUGUGGAUUCGGGCGACCAGGAGACGCGGCUUGCGCGCGGUCGCGUCGCGCUGGAAAGCGUCACAGUGACGCAGUUUGAUGUCCGUGGGAUCAUACGGGCGACGGGUGGCAGAGAGGUUGGGGUCAGGUAUACUUUCAACGACUGGCUGUCGUUCGUGGACGCGCAAGCCAUUCCCGUGGCCACCGAGGACACGACGCGCUACUCCUUCACCAUGUACACGCCUCCUUUCCUGGAUCCGAGCGCUUCAGUGCAUUUCGCCGUGUACAUGAAAGAUGAUAACUCCGAGUUUUGGGACAACAACGAUGGGCUGAACUAUUCCCUGAAGUACCACAGCUCGUCACCAAGCGAGACCGCGGCUUUCCACGCGGUAUGAUGCGCUUUUACGCGCAGCGCAGGUGGUCAUUGGUGCGUUUUAUCAGCACGAAUGACUAAAACUGAUUUGAUACAACAUGAAUGUACUCUCACGAAGAUGGCGAGGAUAAAUAGAGCUGUGCUAGUGUUAAAAUCCCCUCUAAAUGAUUGAUACCAUCAUGUUGUAGCCUAUACCCAAUAGGCUGAUUUUUCUUUCUUGGAUAAUGAAAGAAAUUUUGUUGCCGAGCUGCUAUUCUAAGUGCGAUUGAGCUCUAAAAAGCAUCACCAGAGUACCACAGAGAUGGUUCAAAUGUCUCAUUCGCUAUAUUUUGAUAUUCUAAUGCCAUAAGAAUCAAUUGUGUGUGGAACAGAUUGAAAUUUAGGUCAUUGUUCACAUUUGACUUCAGUUUUGAACAAGGGACUCGUUAUGACUUGAGACAAACUUGAGAGAAAACACAAACUAAAGCUAAUUACACAUUGUGGGUUUGAACAUGCAAAUCAGGUAAAUGUAAGAACCUCACAAAUGGCCAAAGUUGGACUUUCAUGCAGAACUGUUAUUGCAAAAUAUACGCAAAUGUAUUCUUGUCAGCACUGAAGGCUUUAGGAUAUAUACUGUAUAUACUGUAUAUAAACUGGACUGGCUUGUCAUAGAAUUAAAAUCUAUUUUAAAAUGAACCUUUUUACCUGAAAAUCACAUUUAUUUGUCAUGAUUUGGCCAGCACACGCUGUUGACUUUUUCUUCAGUGGAAACUAAAAAAAACAUGUUGCUAAAAAUGUUCUAAAAUAUAUGGAUGUACCAUAAUGUUGGUCUAUGUGUUGUAUGCUAUAUUCUGUUAUUCUCAUGUCGGAAAACCAUUAGAACCAGCAAAAUGGGAUUAUUUUAUAUUUGCAAGUCAGAUUUGAUGGCUUUAGUGGAGGGCUUUAGUGGCUUUUCCAGUGUAAAUGAUUUGAAUUUCAGACAAAAAUUUAUACCAACAUUUAUUGCAUGACUUAGAAUAUAGUGCACAUGUUGUACAGACUACUUUAUGCUGCUUUCAUGUCUUAUAUGAAGCUUUCCCUGUUUAAGCAAAAAUAUGUCUAUUAAAUGCAUUGUGGGCAUUUUAUGAAUCAUCUCUUUCUGUGUGCCACAGAAGACAAAGGUCAUAAGGUUUAAAACUGAAAACCUUUUUUGUUUUAAAUUGAACCACUUCAUAUAAUGGAGGAAAUUACACACAUUGCUUUGGUGACGUUCGCUAAAAUUACAUGUAUUAAUUCCAGGAAAUGUGUGUGUGUGUGUGUGUGUGUGUGAGAGAGAGAGAGAGUUCACAAUUAUUGACGCGGUGCAGUUCUUUUGUGGAAACGAGGCAGAACUAUAUCAUUGGAUAUCAGUGAUCAAUGUUUUUCUUCAACAGAUGAGGCUGAUAUUUGCUGCUCAGUUUACAAAAAUUGACUUUGAAAAAAAUUGACCUAAAAGAGUUGGUGGAACUUAAAAUGUAAAGAAACUAAGAGUCAAAAUAUAUAACUUGAAUAUAAAAUAACCACGACGAGUGACAGAGAACAUCAAAACUGAAUCAAUGUUUACUGUAUUUUUAGUGAAAAGUCAGCGACAGGUUGUGUUUACAGUAUAGAAUGUCUAUAUUAUGUCCACACAUGAGAUAAGAUAUCAAUGAUUUUAACUGAAGUCCAGUUUUGCUGCUGUUUUUCUCUUGGUUUGUUUGGUCUGUGCAACUGUUUGAGGGAAAGUGGCAAUCUGAUUUUUGCAAUAUGCAAAUGUUUGUUUGAAUAUGCAAAUGUUUAAUGUAUGAACAUUUAUUAUCGCAUUUAGCAGCUGGGAUUUGCACAGUAAAAGAUGCUCGACAAAAGCUUUUACCUCUAUGCAGUCAUUUGCUUUUUCUCUGGAAAAGUGUUAUAACCAGCAUAACCUAUCAACCUUUGUGGUACAAGUUUGUAUACACGUUGUUCUCUAUUUGCUUCAGAUCUAUGCACACUCAAUAUGAUAUAAGUCCAAAUAAUUAUCAGAAUAAAAUAAUGAACACAGUG